GCAGUAUUAGAGAGAGUUGGGAACUGUGUGUUGCUUGGACGUUUCCGCACAGUUUACUACGGAUAGUGCUGCUGUCGAAUCAAUAUGCUAACACCACUCGACAGCUUCUGCCUGUGACAUGGAAUCUCUUUUUCCUCUGCCUUCACUUCGACGAGAAGAGGAGCUAUCUUUGCAGGGCGUGAAUUGUAAGAGCUUCGUCGUCGUCGUGUGCUGAGUGGCGGUGUCGAGUGCGGUGUGCUCUCUCACGCGCGGGGAGGAAACAAUCGGAGGAACGUUUGUGCACAGUGUAUUUUUCACGGCAGUAGGUGAAUUUUCGCCCACAGGUGUCGGGCGGUGUGUGUUUGUGUAUGUCCUGAAGGUGCACGUGGGGUUUAUCAGUGGGCACACACACACAAAAAAAGGCGAAAAAGGCUCGGUUUUUUCCACUCGCUGUAACGACACACAACCCAUCCGAGUGAGCGGAUCCGCCACUCACCCGAGCGAGAGCGAGUGAGAAGUGAAAGAACGCAGUUGUUCUCUCUUGUUGGUGCCGGUGCGUGCGUGCGUGCGUGCGUGUCAGUUCUGUGUGUGUGUCUAUGUGUGUUCUAGGGUGUACGUGGUGUGCGCAAUAGUGAGCGAGUGUGUUCGAUCGUGCACUUGUGCGUGAUUACGAUACACAUUGAAUGCUUUUGCUGGAGCAAACAAAGAGUGUGCGUCGUGUGUGUUCGUACGCGGUUAAAAGCCGGUUUAAAGUGCUUUUUUUUAAUGUGUUAAUUGUGGUGAUAAUUUGUGUGUUCGUUCUUUUUUUUAUUCCAAAAAAAGUUUCAAAAGGUAAAGCAAACCUCAUCUCAAUAACAACAACAAAAUACUUAUUACAACGACACAUAAAAGGUGCUGCAAAAUUGUGUAAAAGUGCACAGUGAGUUGAAGCGAUUUCGCGAAACACGCGCUUCCCGUGCGUGUGACACAGCGCUUCUCCCAUCUCACCCACAAACCACCCACCGUCGUCGUCGUCGUCGUAUAGGUUCUUCUUUUCUUUGUUUCUCCGGCGAAUGGUGGACAUGUCAUGAGAAUUAAUCGUAUCGAAGAUAGAAUGGAUGACAACAGUUCGCUCGGUCACCAGAACGGUGGCGGAAGUGCAGUUGGCCAGCUGGGCGGUAUCGGCGGUGGUGCGGGCGGUGGCCAGGGCGGCGGAACCGGCGGGCUCGGUGACAUGUCGGGCGGUGGAGGGGCCGGCAGCGGCCUAGUCGGCAAGGGUGGCGCGGGCGGCGGCGGAGGCAUGGUCGGGGCCGGCCAGUGCGACGAUCAGAACAACAAAACGCCGACCCAGUACUCGAUCCCGGGCAUACUGCACUUCAUCCAGCACGAGUGGGCCCGGUUCGAGCUGGAACGUUCGCAGUGGGACGUGGAUCGUGCGGAGCUACAGGCAAAGAUUGCUGUACUGGUGGGCGAACGCAAGGGUCAGGAAUCCCUCAAAUCCGACCUGAUCCGGCGCAUUAAGAUGCUGGAGUACGCACUGAAGCAGGAGCGCGCCAAGUUUCAUCGACUAAAGUACGGCGUCGACCCACCGAUGAACGAUAUCAAACCGCCAACCGAUGAGCCGGGCAUUGGAACAGAAGUAGCUCCCGAUCCGGAGGUACCGUACAGUUCCGUGUCGAACAUUACCUGGCGGCAGGGCCGGCUGCUGCUGCGCCAGUAUUUGCAGGAGAUUGGCUACACCGACACAAUCCUGGACAUACGCUCGAACCGGGUGCGGUCGCUGCUGGGGCUGAACAACAACAGCGAGCAGGAGGAGAACGUCAAUCCGAACGUGAACGGCGGUACGGAAUCGAACAAGCGUGCCAGCGAGUCGCAAGGACGCCGAACUCCGGCCAAAAAACCAUCCUCCGUCACGGAAGCGAUGAUACUCGACUCGGAGGCGGCGGUCAUCGCGAACUUCGAGUUUCUGGCCCGGGAGGAUGUCGAGAUGUCGGACGACGACGACGUGUCGGACGAGAUCGAUGUGGUUGGGGACAGCGAGGACACGGACAUGAAAACGACCAAACGGAAAGCCAAAGGAAGCACUUUGAAUGACGAUAUGGAUGCGGAGGCGGAUGAAGUAAUCAAUGAGUUAAAUCCAUUAACAGAAGGUGAGGAUGUUAUUAUGGCGCAGGACAAAGGUAGCAUUAGCGAGGUGGACGUCGCCGGAGAUGAUCUUUAUGGCGGAUACAAUAAAACUGGCAUGCCGCGCCAUCCGACGAUACCGGGCAUCGGCAACGACGAGGAGGUCGACUCGUCGCUCGGCGAGCUGGCCCAGCUGACGGUGAACAACGAGACGGAUUCCGGGUACGACGUGUCCAACUCGAAGGAGCCAUACCGCAAAACGUGGAACGCCAAGUACACGCUCCGCUCGCACUUUGACGGCGUGCGGGCGCUCGCGUUCCACCCGCAGGAACCGGUCCUGAUCACUGCCUCCGAGGACCACACGCUGAAGCUGUGGAAUCUGCAGAAAACGGUGCCAGCGAAAAAGUCUGCUAGUCUCGACGUGGAGCCCCUGUACACGUUCCGCUCGCACAGCGGCCCGGUGCUGUGUCUGGCCAUGUCCGCCACCGGCGAACAGUGCUACUCGGGCGGGCUGGACGGUGCGAUCAACUGCUGGAAUCUGCCGAGCUCGAACAUCGACCCGUACGACAGCUACGAUCCGGAGGUGAUGCGCUGCACGAUCGACGGCCACACGGACGCGGUCUGGGGGCUGGCGGUGAACCACGCGAAGAACACGCUCGUCUCCUGCUCGGCCGACGGGACGGUGAAGCUGUGGUCACCAUCGGGCAAGAUACCGACCAACAGCACCACCUUCACGUCGGAAACGGAGGGCGUCCCGACGUCGGUCGACUUCGUGAAGGACCAGAUCGACCGCAUCGUGGUCGCGUACAGCAGCACGCACUGCAUCAUCUACGACACGGAGACGGGCAAGCAGGUGGUGAAGCUCGAGGCGAGCCAGGAGAUGACCGGCAAUCUCGGCAAGCACAUCAACAAGGUGAUCAGCCACCCGACGCUGCCGGUUACGAUUACCGCGCACGAGGACCGGCACAUCCGGUUCUGGGACAAUGGGACCGGCUCGCUGGUGCACUCGAUGGUGGCCCACCUGGACGCGGUCACCAGCCUGGCGAUCGAUGCGCACGGGCUGUACCUGCUGUCCGGCUCGCACGACUGCUCGAUCCGGCUGUGGCACAUGGACAACAAAACGUGCGUGCAGGAGAUCACGGCGCAUCGGAAAAAGUUCGACGAAAGCAUACUGGACGUCGCCUUUCAUCCCUCGAAACCGUUCAUUGCCAGUGCUGGCGCUGACGCCAUAGCGAAGGUGUUCGUUUAAUAUCUCCCCUGCACUCACCUGGGGACCACCACCACCACCACCAACACCACCCGGACGCGUAUUGUCGUCGUCGCCGUCGUCGUCAUUGUGAGCAAAGCCAGAGGCGCGUGUGCGGCGGUGGUAUUAUUAGAGCCUGGGGGAGCGUUCAAAGGAGGGGGAUGGGCAAAUCCGGAAGACUAGCGCGCGCCCGUGCGGUCGCUUUAUGUGUGUGCGUGUAUGUUUAGUUUUUAAAAUCAUACUUCUGAUAUAGUUAUAUACACAGUACUAAAAAAAAUGUUUGUUUUAUCCCAAAUUAGACAACGGACGAGCGAAAAACACAUACAGGCAGACAUACACACAUACAUAUACACACAUUUACAACACUAACUGCUAACAACGGUGUGGACAAACGGUAAACGUAGAGGAGGUUCUGCUCCGUUGUUAAAUAGUAUCGAUUAGUCGAAACAAACUAUUACAGCUAAUCAAAUACGAGCAGAAGCAACAGACGAACAGUUAGACAAUGUUGUGAGUGUAUGUGUGUGUGUGUGUGCGUGCGUGUAUGUUUGUAUGUGCGGAUAACGCUUGUGGCACGUAAAUUGAUAAGAGAGAUGCGCACGUUAAAUUCUACUCUAUACGCCUUGAGAGGCGCACUAAAGGCGCGUUUUGUAUCGAACGAAUGACGCGGAAAGGAUGAUAGACGAGUAAUUCUAGUAACGAUACGUUUAGCAAUUUCAUACUCACAAACACCGACACACAGACAGCCAGACGCAGUCCCGAUCCCGACAUGCAAAUACGAAUUUGUUUGUGGCGGGGUAGCGAGUAUUACGUGAUUUUUUUGUUUUCGGGAAAUCACUCAUGGGAUAUAAUGCGUGGUGGGAUGCAUAAUUAGCAGAAGUUGAACUUGCUUCAUCCGCUUGGUGUGAGAUUAUUUCCUAUUUUCUCAUAACUUUUAUAAUUUUCGACCUUGGAAUGUGUAAAUAACACAAUAGUCUUUCGUGUGUGUUUUUUUUUUCCUGUGUAACUUUGCAUUUCAAAACCCCCCUAAACAAACCAAAAUAUGGGCUAAUGCUGGCAAAUGUAACUCGUGUAAAGGCGCCUUUUAUUUUAUCCUUGCUUGGACUGUGUCCGGCAUAUCACUGUUGCAAAUGGACGUGUUUGGCCUGCAAUGUGUUUAAAUGGUUUAUUUUUUAAAAAAUCAUUUCAAACCGCACCCCAAAUCAUCAGUACUAUGAUUUAAGCUCGUGACGAUGGUUAAUUAUCUCAAUGUCCCCCCUUUUUUGACGUUUGUUUUAAUGAAACGAAGCUGAAAACGGUCCAGAACAAUGUGCGCAACCCAUUCUCACUUUAGUUGAUUGUGCUGUUUUUCCUACUUCCGAUCAGACCGAUGUAGGUGCAAUAAUUCAAACAACAACAAAAUAUGCACACACACACACCGAUACAUUCACACUCAUCUCACACUUCCUCCUUACUCUCUCAUACAAGCGAAAAUUAGAAUAAACAAACAGUAAAUAGUAAAAUAAACGCAAACGAAUCAGAAUUUGGUGGGGAUGGAUGGUGGUAAAACAUUACAUGCACCUCGACAUAACUUACCCGGCAUACCGGCAUAGAUAGGGACGAAACGAGAAUACGUGUGUCCCGCACACUAUUGACAGGAGCACUUACGGAAAACGCAGCGAAACAGUGGGUUGGUAGUGGAAAGAGUACAAGAGUGGACAAAUGACACUGCUCGAUCAAGGUUCAAGGAUCGGUUGAUCGUAUCGAGGGUGGGUGGAUCGUUGAGAUACAACCUGAUGCAAGCACUAUUACAUUUUCUUAUAAAAUGAGGAAAACAGAGGGUAAAGCUUAGGUAGUUCACACUCACCCACACAAACACACAACAACAUGCUGUUUGAUUUGAUAUUUCGUUUUACUGCGUACGCGCAUGUAUGCACCUGUGCAUGAAAGAGGGGGAGCAAAUGGGGGGAAGGAAAGCUGGAGAGCGGCACGUUUGCAAGCUAAUAAUAGUGCCCUCCCCGCAUGCAAGGGCGGAACAAAGUCGUCGCCCAACUCAUAGAGAAGAUUAAAUCUUACCCCAACCCAAUUUUAGGGCGCGCGCCGUAAACAAUGGUAUCGAAUAUGUGUUAGAGCAAAUGGAAGCAAAAAGUAUCAUAUUUAGUAGCCCUGUUGUGUUGUGGAUCGUAGCGGCCGGAUGGUGGUAGACAGCAUCGUCUGUGCGGCACUACUUACAACUUACGCCAGUGCUGCUGCACCACCACCACGCACCACGCUCUGGAAGCUAAUAGUAAAUGCACUAUAAUACCCCCAAAACGACGAGCUCAAGGAGGCAAGAGCUAGGGCAAAAACGGAAAACAGCAGCAAACAGACACGAUUAUACUAUAUAUGAUAAGAGUUAGGAAUGCGGAAUGGGUGGGAUACUGAACGAUGGGAGUGCAUUAGUAAGAGCAAUCAGCAGACGAGGAGAGCGCGAGAUCGGUACGUGUGUACGUGUGUGUGUGUGUGUGUGUGGUGUGUGUGGUGUGAUUGUGACUGAAAGAAAUAGAAAGAAGUAGCGGUGGGGUAGCACGGAAGAAGCAGUAAUAGAAGCAAGGAAGUAAGUAGAACGAAACAACAAAUUAUAAUAACCCACACACACACACACGCACACGUGCGCGCAUUAUGAUAUGAUAUGGGAAAUUGUAUUUAUUUUACUCAAACUCUCCCCAACUCUCCCAACACCACUCUCCGCAAAAUGCAAAGAAAAACGCGAAAAUAUGUUGUUAAAGAUUUUGAUUUAUUAAUAAAGUGUAGAGUAAUUAUGAUUUCA